AUGAGGUCUGAGGGGGUGGGGACGCUGCUGAUACAGGCACUGGAGGCGGCUCCUGCAGCCCACAUGCAGCCCCGGACGUGGAUGCAGCCCCUAGCCCAGGCCCUGCCGUUCUCCUUCCGAAGGGCCCUGCGACACCCUGGGCCCUGGGUGCCUGUCAUGAAGAUGGGCACAGGAUGGGAGGGCCUGCAGCAGACUCUGAAGGAAGUGGCCUACAUCCUCCUGUGCUGCUGGUGCAUCAAGGAGCUGCUGGAUUAAUGGCCGGGAAGGGCACCGCGCCCGGCUCGGCUCAGCGCCCAGCCCAGCCCCCGUCAAGACCCCCGGGGCCCGCGAUGCUCCGCCAAGGAUGGGCCACAGGCACUGUGGGAAGUGCAGCUCCUACUUCCGGUAUGUGCCGUCUGCCAGGCCUGCCUUCUGGGUGUCCGUUCCCAGCCCCCACCUCUGGGGGACCCCCGGGGCCCAGGAGCCCGGCCUGCUGGCCAGGGCCCCAGGAAACGGCAGGAGCUAACAUUCUUCCAAGCCUGGCACAGUGAGCCCGCCAGCCCAGAUGGUCGAUUUCUCCAUACUCUGGUGGUGCCAGGAGUGGGCUGCGCCCUAACAUCUCUGCUUGAGAAUCACUGAACUACGUGUGUGUGUGUGUACAGAUUAUGUAUAUGCAUAGAUAAAAUAAAUAGGCCUCAAGGCCUAAA